AUGGGAAAGCAGAACAGCAAACUGCGGCCGGAGAUGCUGCAGGACCUGCGGGAGAACACCGAGUUCUCGGACCUGGAGCUCCAAGAGUGGUACAAAGGCUUCCUCAAGGACUGCCCCAGCGGCAUCCUCAACGUGGAGGAGUUCAAGAAGAUCUACGCCAACUUCUUCCCCUACGGCGACGCCUCCAAAUUCGCCGAGCACGUCUUCCGCACUUUCGACACCAACGGCGACGGGACCAUCGACUUCCGAGAGUUCAUCAUCGCCCUGAGCGUCACCUCGCGGGGAAAGCUGGAGCAGAAGCUGAUGUGGGCCUUCAGCAUGUACGACCUGGACGGCAACGGGUACAUCAGCCGCGAGGAGAUGCUGGAAAUUGUGCAGGCCAUCUACAAAAUGGUCUCCUCGGUGAUGAAGAUGCCAGAGGAUGAGUCAACUCCCGAGAAGCGGACGGAAAAAAUCUUCCGGCAGAUGGAUACCAAUAACGAUGGCAAACUUUCCCUGGAGGAGUUUAUCAAAGGGGCCAAGAGCGACCCGUCCAUCGUGAGGCUGCUGCAGUGCGACCCCAGCAGCGCCUCCCAGUUCUGAGCACCUCCUUGGCCGACCGCGCAGCAGACGGCAGGGCGAGGCAGCCUCCCGCGAUGGCACCACCACCACGACCACCACCACCACCACACGCAGCUCACCGGGGGGAGGCGGAUGAACCCGCUUCCUACGGAUCUCCUGCGAGAAAAACUGGAUGCGUUCCCUGAAAAACAAACUAUGAGCACUGCCAGUGUAUUUAUCUCUUCUUCUGACUCACAGGUUUUCCCCCUCUUCCUCUCCCUGAACACUGUAGUUUUGUGUGAACGUUACACCAUUGCGUGGGGGGCGGGGAUUGCUCGGUCGGUGUGGGUGGCCGCCGGGGUGGCCCAGAGGUGGACGACUUCCACUUCUUGGUGAGCUGAAGCUUGGUUUUGCAAAAUGUCUUCCUCCCUUGCCAGCCUCUUCUGCUGUGGUGCAUGUUGCUUGUGUGUGUAGCACACUCCGGUCAUGACUGCAUGCGUGCCGUGUGUCGUUGAGCAUGAGAGGAGGAGGAGAGGUUUUCUGGAAGGCAGAUCCAGUCCCCCCCCCCCAGGGGGAGCUCGGUCUUCCAGGCUCUUGGUGUGGGGUGGGAGUUGGUUGUGGGGAGGGGGGGCGAAGAUAGAUUUUUGGAGAGAUGGGGCUGAAAUUUGA